UCGGUGCUCGCUCUCGCCUCUCGGCUGCUUCGAAGCGGGAACACGCCAGGUUGAGGCCAGCUGGAGCCUGCUGCUCUGGCUCGGGCCGGGUUUGUCUCUCGCCCUCCCGUUCUCCAGCCCACCGGGCAGCGAGUGAGCAGCGAGGCCGAGCUGCCGUGCCCUGGUAGCUCUCGACGGUCCCCCGCCCUGUUUUUGGCCUUUGCAGCGCCGCGCUUGCUCAACUGCCUCCGUGAACACGGCCCCUGCACGGCUUGCAUUGGCGGGGCUCUCACCCCCCGCCGACCCACCCCCCGCCGUUUGCCGCGCUGCAAUAAACUUUGGCUGCUGCGAGCCGCUGAGUGAGGGAGAAGAAGGCGGCGGCAGCCGGGUGGCGGGGCUCCUCCGAGGAUGGAAGCUGGCGCCGCGUAUGGAGCUGGGAAAGCCGGGGGCGCUUUCGACCCUCAGACUUUCAUCCGGCAACCUCACACCAUCCUCCGGAUGGUUUCUUGGCUUUUCUCCAUUGUUGUGUUUGGCUCCAUUGUGAAUGAAGGCUACCUUAACCAUCAAGAUGAAUCAGAGGAAUUUUGCAUUUUCAAUCGCAACCAGGAUGCCUGUGGUUAUGGCAUCACCGUGGGAGUCCUUGCCUUCCUCAGCUGCCUUCUUUACCUGGCACUAGAUGUCUACUUUCCACAGAUCAGCAGUGUCAAGGAUCGCAAGAAAGUUGUGCUCUCCGAUGUUGGUGUGUCUGGUUUGUGGGCGUUCCUCUGGUUUGUCAGUUUCUGUUUCCUGGCUGACCAAUGGAGAGUUUCAAAGCCAGAAGACAAUCCGAUGAAUGAAGGGACAGAUGCAGCCCGGGCAGCCAUUGCAUUCUCUUUUUUCUCCAUUUUCACUUGGGUGGGCCAGUCAUUUCUGGCAUUCCAGCGGUACCUGCUUGGCGCCGAUUCGGCUCUCUUCUCCCAGGAUUACAUGGACCCGAGCCAGGAGGCUGGCAUGCCUUACGCGCCCUACACAAAUGAGGAUGACACUACAGCUAGCAUGGGGACGUAUCAGCAGCCUCCUUCAGUGGAUGCUUUUGAUGCUGACACACAGGGGUACCAGACACAGAACUACUGAGAGCUGUUGGGAAGCUCUUCUCCUUUUCCCUCCCCUCUGCCCAGUCUUCUUUGCCACCAACAAGCCAAGGUGCAAAACAGACACGUGUAUUUUGGAGCGACAGGUGGCUCUGGGCCACCCUCCAGCCUUCUAGAGUCUUUCUUUUUAAUUUCAUAGUUUUUAAAACUGGAAAACCUAAUGCCUCGCUGCUCCUCUACUGAGUUUGAAUGGUUGAAUCCAAAGUGUUUCGUGGUAUAUUCUGAAAGAGACAACCUUUUUUCUGUUUUUAUAGAAAGCUGCUCUAGGAAGAGAUUUGCUUCUUAUUUUCUGUAAGGGGAAAAGACGGAAAGACCUGAAGGCAAAAUAGCUAGGUUGGAGUAGGCGACAGAGAUGGUGCCAGUGCAAGCAGCAAAGAAAGAGAACAAGGCUUGGAGGGGUAGAAAAACUCUAUGUGCCGGGUGACACUAUGUGGACGUGCGUCAGGCAAAGGUAAAAUGAUGCAGGAGUCAGUGGAGUGUGACCAUGAUAGGCAUGUAGGGAGGGGUGUCAACUAGGCCUGAGAUUACCUUUUCACCCAACUCAACUUCAAGGCCUGCAUCAACUCCAACUUGAUAGUUCUAAACAAAGGAGGACUUGGUCCUCUCUCAACUGGUUAAUUCUUAUGGCUAUUAUUUCCAUAUUAGAAUGCAUUUUUGACCCAGGUAAUCUUGAUCUGCAUUCUCUCCAUGGGAAGUUGGCCAUAUUCCGCUUCUGUCAUAAGUGUGAAUUGCAGUUGGCCAAUCUCUCCCUCAGCUUGCUCUUUGGAGUGCUGAGAAAAGGUGUUUAGAGUAUGUGUGUGUUUCAAGGGUAUAUGAGAGAACUUGCUAGCACCAUUAACACGGGCAGGAACAUGUCAGAAGGUUGAACAGGAACAUGGGUUACUUAAAGCAUAAAUUAAAAGUCUAAGCCUUGAAUUUAACUUAUACGUUGAAACCACCAGACUAAAUAGUCCUUAGUGUACAUUAAAUAAUACAGAUAAAUAUCCGCAAGUUGAUGACGUGCAGAUCAGACCACAAGCACAGUAAACAGGAGCAAACACAUUUUGGCCCAAUGGGCCUUUUUCAGGUCACUAAUACUUAGAUACACACACACCCAAAACUAUUAUUGGUGUAAUAAACAAAACUGCAUGUUGACAGUGUGACGUUGUUUGGACCAUGACUCUCGGAUUUCAUACCAAGAUUUUCAUCCUCACAUAAAAUGGUAUGGUUGUAAUUGAUAACUAGUUUUAGCAGUUCAUUCCUUUAUGGUAUGUAUGUCUACAUCAGCCAGCAAUCUGACCAGAUAAUGAUAAUGUAAAUACUGUGGCAACACAGUAUUUAAUCAACCUCUAUUUUGGCUUUUUAUACCACCAAUUGUUCUUGGUGUGUAUAUUUAUCUGUGUAUUAGUGAUCAUUGAAGAAGGCCGAUCGACUGAAAAACAUUUGAUCCUCUUUACUGUUUAUUUGUAUGGAAUGAACUUGUGGAUAUUUAUUUGUAUUAUUUUAUGUAUAUUGAUGACUACUUAGUCUGGUGGCUUCAAUCUGGAGGCCAUAUUCAAGGCCUGUUUUUAAUUUAUAUUUAAGUGCGCUGUACAAUAAAUUGAUUUAUUAUGUUUAACACAUUUUUAACAUUGUUCCUGCUUAACUUUUGUGGUACCUAAUUCAAUUUGGGUUGGUUUGUAUUCCCUUUUGUGUGUGCGUGUGUAUGUAUGUGUAUUCAGGAACAUAUAAACCAGUGUGUUUUGACAUGUGGAACUAUGGUUUAUAAAUGCUCUAACCCAUAACCUGCUUGAUACUGGACAAAGUGUAGAGUUGAAAUUGCAUGGACUCUCAAAGCCAAGAGCGAGGCUGUCUUCAAAUUUGAAUGCCCAAUUAGUGAGACUUCCACUAGGAUUACAUAUGGGCAUCUGUGAUUGGGAGAAUCUCUGUUCAUCAGUUAAAUGGGAUGAGUUUUUGAUGUAGCAGUGCACUUGAAAGAUUAGUUCAACAUGCUAGAAUCCCCUGAUAAUAAUAAACUGUCUUGGCUAUGUGAGUCAAGCCUCCAUGGAACAAAAUUAUUCUGGAUAUACGAAGGCACACCAAAAUAAUUCCUCAUUUCCAAAACCUUUUUGUGCUCCUAUAUGGAAUUUGUCCUCUGUAGCCAAGAAAAUGAUGCACUGGAAGGGAAACAAUUAGAAUGGUUCCCCUAGUAAUAAGCCAUACGCCACAGGUCAUUGGGAAUUGUUAUGCAGUCCUAUCCUUCGCAAGAUCAAAGGUUAGACCCGCUCAGUUGAAUGGGGUUUACACCAGAGCGUGGGUGUGUAUAGAAUUGCAGCUAUGGGAUGUUUCUGUCACUCCAUAAGACUUCUAAAGAGAGAUGCCAGGAUGAAAAACUGCCUGGAAGAUAUAUUCACAACAAUAGCCGGUCCCUAUUAAUAGGGUAGUAAAUUCACUUUGUCUACCAAGUAGUGAAACAAAACUUUUCGACCACUUGCACUUUGCCACAUAAUGUUGGCUUAAGUGAUCACAAUCCAUUGUGUUGUGUAUUAAAAUGAGGAGGAAAAAAACUAACUGGGUUGACUUGAAGGAGAAACUAGCUUUAAAGGUGGUUAAAUUUUGUCAACCCUUUGAGCCCUCUGGCAUUUACACAGUGGGUCAGAGGCCUGUGUCUCUCUUGCUUUCCUGGUGUUAAGGGGGAAGACAAUUUAGUUCUAGCGCAGAGCAAACUAUGUCACACACCAUUGUGGUCAAGAAGAACCAGCCAUAAUUCCCACGGUGAAUGUUUUCCUUAGCUGGGAGGGAAGACAGUUGUGUUGGGUGAGAUCAGCUACCAUGCUUAAUAUCCCUCCUAUUACUGUGUGUUUUCUCUGUUUUCUUUAUCUGAGCUUAAUCCUUCAAGAGAAUCUUUAGAUGGUUAAGAGAACCACAGAGAACAAAUUCUUUGCACCUUAAACCCCCUCCCCCAAAACCUGCUGGAGCACAUUCCCAAAAUUACAUGCGUUGGGAUUAAUCAGUUUGGAAUAAUCAGUUUGGAAUAUCUAUCAGCUAAUGAUAUUUGCUAUUCCAUUGGUGAAGUUAAUGGACUUAGAAAUGUGUAACUUCUUAGGAUGGCACCCCAAAUAAUAAUACACUCAUUGAAUUCAAAUAUCAGGUGGAAAAAUCUUGACAGCUCCUUAACUGUGUGUCUGUUCCUACCAGAUGCCACUGAACCCUUAAUCCCAUUUUCUUAUGAGUAGGGAAAUGUAAUCUUGGAAGUGAUCCAAAGCAAUAAUAUGGUGAACUGCUGCAUUCCUCUGGUCUUAGUGCCUGAUCCUGUACCCAAUUCACACUAAAAGGUUAGUGGUCUAGCUUUGUGCCUCUCUGGACCUGUGUAUUUUGGGGUCAGCAGCUCUGGCCUUUUCAUACAUUCUGUACUUCUAGGGAAGAAUUAUGCCUAAAAAUGAUGAUGCAAUAAUGUUUCACGUUAUCAUAAAGUAAGGCAUUAGAAGGGCAGAGUUUGCAGUGUGACCUUAGGCCAGGGGUCCCCAGUCUUUUUGAGCCUGGGGCCACUUUUGGAAUUCUGACAUACUAGGGAGAGUGUAGCCACAAAACUGCUGCAACAGAAGGCAGAGCCAGCCAUAGCACAGCCGCUGCAGUUUACCCUCAGUUCCACAGAGAAGAUCCUUGUGCUGUGAUAGAGCUGCUGCCAAAGCAACAUUUUAAAAAAAUGCUUAGAAAACUAAAUCUCCAGUGGCCAAUCAGAAGUGUUGCUGAGCUGAAGCUCCACCUGACUUCACCCACAUUCUAAAAACACUUGAUUGGCACCAGGAAAUGUGUUUUUUGGUGCCCACAAGUACCACACUGAUGAUCCCAGCCUUAGUCAAGUGCUUGCUGUAUAGCUAUAAUGAUGUAACAAAGAGCUGACUGGUACUCUUACAAAGAGCUUGUCUCAUCACCAGUGGCGUAGCACCAAGGGGACAGGGUGCGCACGUGAUGCACCGGGCACACCCCGGGGUGGGGGCUUGGCAGGGGCGCAGGGUGCAUGCAUGUCCUGGGCACAGUUCCCACUCGCUCCGGCCCCGCCCAUCACUAUUUGUCAAGAUCUGUACCCCCGACAUCUCUUGGCAGCCUUUGCUACUCUUAACAGAUACUGUGAACUUCUCCUGUCACAAGGGUAGGCCAGACUGAAAACUCUUCAGUACCUGUUUAAUGCCUUUGUUUAUGAUGUGCCAGGGCAGAAGUCCACACACAGUGCAAAUAGCCAAUAUGCUCUUAAGCAUUUAACGCCUGAAGUUAAGGGGAGGGUUUAAGAUUGGCGACUAAAAAGAAAAUAGCUCUUGUAAAUAAAGUGUUUAAGGGAAUAGACUUGAGGAACAUUUUGUUUGUGUCCCCCAAAGCAUACAUAUAUCUGCAGAGGUGCAGGAGUAUGGUGCUAACCAUUAGGAAGAUGAGGAAGAGGGGCCCAAUAUGAAGGCCAAGGUUAAGAAGCAAAGCACAAUUGUAAAAUUUCGAGCCACUGACAGAAGUUGAUAUGACCAGCUGUAUGUCUUUGUGUCCAUGGACUUCAGUUUCUCAAAGCAACUACAAAAUUUAUUUAGUUUGUUAAUUGUGUCUAGCAUUGCCAGCUGGCUUAGAGUAGAAAAAGUCCCUUUAGCAGAGUCUCAGUGGGAUGUUAUUUACUUCUAUACCAAGAAAAUCUUUAACUGUCCAUUUCUACACUUUACGCUUCUAUUAAAGGGACAGAAAUUUUCCCCAGACCUGUUGGCCUCCUUACUUGUGGCUGAUCUUUCCAGUGUUAUAAAAAUUGCUUACUGUGGCCAAUUUGUAGCUGUUUCCCUUUUUAAACAUGAGGAUUUUGAUUGAAGUAGUAACUAUUUUGAUAAGUGCUGUGUGUCUUUGGUGAUUUCCCCAAAUGGAUGGCUGCCAAUACAGCACAGCAGCAUAAGGGCUUCCACCUGGUAGAUUUCCCCACAGUUUCUCUUCCCCAGUCACUCAGCAGUUAUUAUUCUCCCUCUACUCCCUAGGCCAGCGCAGAUUUUUAAAAAAUUGGCCACUGAAUAUCCAUGGGACAGUGUGAGGGAAUAUGGCUGAUGUGUGGGUAGGAAAUCCAUAUUUUUCUGCAAUCUUUCCUAACCUAAAAAUUGGCCACUGAAUAUCCAUGGGACAGUGCGAGGGAAUAUGGCUGAUGUGUGGGUAGGAAAUCCAUAUUUUUCUGCAAUCUUUCCUAACCUUUGCAACAAAACAGGUUCAUGAAAGAUCAGAGGAGAGGUGGGUAAACCCUGGGAGGUGUACAAAUGCAACAUGAUGCUGCAAAGUAGCAGUAAAAAACAAACACUGCUUCCCAGCAACAUUGAACAUAGGGCAAAUAACCCAUGUGAAAAUAAUAUUUCUUCCACAAGUAACUAGAUAGGAAGAGGGAAGUAUAACAAGGCAGAAUUGUACCAAAAUGAGUGACAGACUGCUGGGAAUGUAGAUAUUCUUUAGUGGAUUUUGCUCAUUUGUUUUCCUCACAGCCUUUGACUUUGGAGGCCAUGGAACUUUGGUCAAGGAGUGGAAUGGGGAGAAGCCGUUGUAGUAGUUGUUAGGGCUACCCCCGUUAUGCAGUUUGCAUGGUGGUGUGUAUGUGGGGUCUGCAACCUGCGGCUCUCCAGAUGUUCAUGGACUACAAUUCCCAUCAGCCCCUGCCAGCAUAGCCAAUUGGCUGUGCUGGCAGGGGCUGAUGGGAAUUGUAGUCCAUGAACAUCUGGAGAGCCGCAGGUUGCAGACCCUUGCGGCUCCUUAUAUGGUGAGCGGCUAGACUAGGUUAGUGGAGAAUGAGAGGGGGUAUAGUGCAUGCUGUUGCGAAUGAAGAGAAACUAAGACUGUCUCUGUGUCCUAACUGAAAGUAAUACUACGAUGAGGGAGGAGGAAAGGUUCUCCACCUCCCAAGUGACUGUCUCUUCUAUUGCGAUGACCUAAUAUUUAGGCUUGAGGGUGGGUAUUUUACAGAGUGGGUUUUUUUAAAUAACUGAGGUCAGGGAGCGGUCCUUCAUAUUAAUGUCUCCCCCUGGAGGGAAAAGAGAGAAUCUUGGGAGUGGAGGGUUGGGGGGUGGAAAAUCCCACAUUGUUGUGAAAUUUCAUUAGUGUUGGGUGCAUGCUUUCAUGUGUUGUGGUGGAACAGGAGAUGUUCUUCUCUACAACAUCUGCUUGCAUGGAUUUUAUUGGGGAGGGGGGUAGGCCAAGACUUUCAAACUGGAUGCAUGCAAACUAAUUAUUCCUCUCCCCUUUUAAACACCAACUUUAUUGUCACAAAUGGCUGGAUUCCUGAAUCAAAACAGGAAUAUUUUCUGUAGUUCCAUGCAGUGCCCUACACAGGACCAUUCACUUGUCCAUAGUCAAACUGGGAAAAAAAAUUAUGGCCACAAUCCAGCAGAUAGGUGUACUUAAAAAUAUUCAUGACAUGUAAAUGUAACAUAAGAUGGGACAUUAUUCACCUGGGUAAAAUGGCAUCUUUUAGAGAUCCCAUCACUAAAUAAGGCAAAAGAGAUAUUCCGGCUAGCCUGAAACAGUUUUGCAACAGUGAAACAGCACUGGGAUAUGGCAUCAAAACAAAUUUGAUAUAUAUAUAAAACAAAUUAGAUAUGGAGCUGGAGCUGGGAGAUCCAGGUUCAAAUUCUCCACUCUGCCAUGGAAGCUGGCUGGGUCAUCUAGGGCCAGGCAAACUCUCAACCUAAUUUACCUCACUGGAUUGAUGUGAGGAUAAAAUGGAGAACAGGAAAAUCAUGUAGGAAAAUCAUGUAAACCGCGUAGCAAUUUAUGUAAAUUGGGUUGGCAAUUGACAUAUAACGUAAAUCAGUGAUGUAUGUGGUCCCCAAAACACUUCCAAAAUCUCCCUUCGAAAAUAUAUCGUGCGAAGGACAAAUGUGUGUAUAUUAUAUGCACCAAACAGGUACAGCUCAGUAUAGGUCCCAGGUACAUGUCCUUGAGUGUGCUUUCUAUCCUACUUUAUAUGCCUACUUUGGGAAAUGUUUUUUCCCCUAGCUACUGCUGAAUUAGGUGAAGCAGCUUUAAAAUGAGAUUAAAGCACUUAACUGUGCUGUAAAAUGCCACUCUCUUGUGUGAAUGCAGUAAUAAUAUAUUCAGAUUGAGAAAAUGAAAAGUGAACGCACAAACAGCAACAUUGUUAACAAGCAUUAUCACCAUUCGGGAUCAAUCUCUGCCAAAUAGUACAAACCAGGGUCUGCACAGUUGGUGAGCCACUGAGCCAAAUGCAACCACUGGUCGGUACUGAGGAAUGCUGGCUGCUUGAUAUCUCCCUCCCUAUGUUGCAAAGCCAGAGCAGUCAAGACCAAAGAUGGCAGAUGACCAAAUGUGACCUUCACUUGAAUUGGUGGUCACAAUUUGAGCAGGCAAUCUGUGCUCUUCAGUGCCCUGCUAGGAAGGGAAGUACUGAUUGACCUUAUCCACGUAUUCUGAGUUAGAUGCUAUUUUGCCGUGCAAGCAAAUAGGCUGGAACAGACCUAGUUUGUUAUUCCAAUUUCUUAGCUGUUGCAGGUGCAGUAAGGUCUCCCCUUGACUCUUAAACAUGCACAUAUGCUUACUUCAUUCAUGUUACCUCAGUCACCUUGUGAAUAAUGGGGAAGCCUCAGUACUUGAUCCUGCCAUCCCCCCCCUUCAAAGUGUACAGGUGAUCUUUCAGAUACCAGAACAGACGACUGGAACAUCAUUGAGAAGCUAAAUCACUGUUCAUUUUGCCUCAUGCGUCACACAGACCAUUUCUUCUGACAAUCUGUACAGCUCCUGUGGCAACUUCAUUGGAAAUCUCUGCACUCCCUGUGCGCAGCAUUACUGCCUGUGUAUAGUAUAUAUAUUAUAUAUAAAGAUGUAUAAUAUAAAACUAUUCAAAUAUAUAUUUAUACAUGUGACAAUGAAAGGGUGCCCUGGUCUAUACAGGAUCCCCAAAUGUCCAGUUCCCAAAUGACCUGCUCUCUUUAGUCUGUUUCCUCCCAAGUGAACAAACAUAAAUCCUGCCAUUUUGGCACCUGUGUUUACGAUGUCCUGUAUAUUCGUGGUUUUAAAAAAGUGAAGGUGGUAACUACUGGUGUGUCUUAUCAAUAAAGUUACAUUCAAAAGACAAAAAAA